ACUCACCCUCCCACUUGGUCUUCACCUACCCCGUAUCUCACUACCGAGAACACCGUCGCUCCUUCAUAUCUCUAACGCCAGCACCUGCAUCGAAAAGCGAGCUCGCCAAACCUCUUCACACUCCGCGCAAACAACCCACACACAACAUUCACCAUGUGGCCCUUCGACAUAGUCGACUGGGUAAUGCUUACCGUGCCCAUCGCUUACAUCGGUAUUCUCGCCGGAUCAUUUACUGUCUUCACAAACCUCUACCGCAAGCGUCAAGCCGCCAACGCCGCAUCCCUCGAACCCUGGUUCCCCACACAUCUCCAGCGCAAUGUCUACCUCUCCCUGCUACACAUGGACGAACCCAAGGUACCGGACAGCGUACUCAAGGCUGCGCUAUUGCGCCGCGCAACCGAGGACAUACAUAGGAUUGUGCAGAUAAGAAACGCGAAGCAGGCGCUGCAGGCAUUGUUGCAGAGGGGUAGUGUGGGCGAUGAUCUGUGGCAGCGAUUCCAGCGGGCGGAGAAGGAGAUCGAGGAGGAACUCAGAGAUGUCGUCAACGAGGCCAAUGCCUUCGCACCGAAUUGGGGCCAGACCAUCUUCCAGUCCGCUUCAGAAAUGGCACAGAACAACCACAUCCGCGAGCGUCUCGGUGAGAUUACGGCAAAGGCACCAGCAGAGAAGGAGUGGUGGGAGAACCGCAGGGCUGGCAUCCAGUCCGAGUUCAUGAAGGAGUUGGACGAGGAGAAGGCUAAGAGCGACGACGGUGUAAUGGUGGAGAAGGCCAAGGCAUGAGCAGUGUAAAGUCAUGAUGAUGCGCGCGUUUAUUUCUAGGGGUCGAACAUGUGGUUGCUGAAGAUGUCUAGGGCCAUGGCCUUUGCAGCAUUUGUGUAGCUAUCCAUUACGCCUGUUAGAUGUCUCAGACGCUCUGUUUUGAUGUAUUCAGGAACAUGGCGUCUGCGACAUUUGACAGGCAUCCUGGACAGCUACACAUCAGUAGCUACGUGAGCGAAUCAACACGUUGUCAUCACCGUUUACGGUCGAAUUACUGGACUUGAGCAGAUGGUGAACACUGUCAGACU